GUUCACCGAAAUGCUGGCGGUAGCGUUCGACACGCCCUUCGAGACAUUAUCAUUCUGGAUGAAGUCUUAGGCCUCAAGGAAAUAGCCAUUGUCCACCAUACCGACUGUGGCACCCUUCGAUUUAGAGAUGAAGACGUGCGACAGUCUCUCAAAGCAAAGACCGACUCUAAAUACUGGCUAGAAAUCGAUGAAAUUGUCGAAAAGAGCGUCCGAGAUGACCUCAAAUGGCUCGGAACGACACCCUUUGUGAGGAAGGAUUUGGUAGAAAGGACGCGCGGGUUCAUUUUUGAUGUUAAAACAGGGCUAGUUAGC